UGUGAAUCAAAAUGAGAUAGUGGACAAUUAUUAGUAGUGAACCCGGCCCUCAUUUGUGAAAAUAUAGCGGAAAAAUGAAAUAGUUUUCCGCUAACCUUUCUUUUCCUCUAGUCAACCGUAUCUAGUCAACUACAGAGUAUACAAUCAACCCAGUCAAUCAACAAAUCAACCCAAAGACAGUAUCUAGUCAACCAGUCCUGGGUUAGAGAAGGGACUAUAAUCAACCAAAAUCAACAUGAAGUGUUUAUUGCACAUUCUUCUCUUGAAUAUCGUUGUAAGCCUGUGCUGGGCGGAAGAUGGGGACGAACUCCUUCAAGGGGCGGAGAACGGCAGAUAUAAAAUAGUGGUCAAGGCGGAACCUUACAAAAACCUUCCGCCUGCACCAGUAACCCCAGGAGAUUUUUUGGAUUCUACUACACCAGCUUCGAGACAUGUCACGUGGUCAGACUUCAGAUCGGAUGAGGAAAAUGAUGAUGAAGGGGUCAAAUUCACCUCCCUCGGCGACAAUUCUGGGUCAGCCCAGUUUGUACCUGUCCGGGAAACCCCUAAGUAUCUCGUGACUCCACCCUCCUUCCAUACCACGCCCCCCGCCAUAGAGUUCAUACCAACCAGGGACCCGGAGCUGGAUAAUGGUUCCCAACCUGGAAAAUUUAAGAUAUCAAUCCAAAAUGUGGAUUUUCGUCCAACCCCACCCCCACAAAAGCCACAAACAACAACAACGGCUGCAACUACAACCACAACAACCGCAACAACAACGACAAACCGACGAACCACCACACAUAGAACAACUCGUCCACAGGACAUCGUUGAUAUUUACAACCAGGUGAACCGUGAGAAGGAUGAGGAGAGGGGGUUCAACACGUUUGAGGAGGAUGAGAUCUCGAACGAGAUUAUCACAACAGGAUCAGUCGGCCGGUCAAAUCAGCAGAUCGCAUCUACCUCUAUCUAUGAUCCAAGACCCAGAACUAGAACUUUUACUAAAAACUUCCCUCGAAACAUGGGAACUAAAUCUAAACCCAAACCAAGAACUAAAUAUGAUUCAAAAUACAAGAAUUUUAAUCUUCCGAUCCGAGGAGCAAAGUAUACCAGGGAGAAGAAGGAGAAGAGGAAAGAAGAAGAGAAGAGGAAGGAAGAAGAAGAGGAGAAGGAAAAGGAAGAGGAAUUAAGAGAACACAAGAUCAAGGCGGAGAGAAGAAAGGUUAAAAGCGGAAGAAGUUUUGAAUCUACGGUUCCUGGGUUCACGGAGCUAGAGAAUGAUUUCUCUACCUCUAAGAGAGAAGAGAAGAAAGGAAGAUAUACUCUAGGAGUAUCCUAUCGUCCAUCCAACCCUCUUCCUCCCAUCCUUCAACCCAUACCUCCUCAACCUAUUUUUCUUAAUGUCAAAACUGUUAAAACUCCUUUAGAAUUCCCUCCUACUCCUACUCAUCCACCUCCUACCCCCUUCCCCUCCCACACCCCCUCCAAG